AAUUAACUUUGUUUGCGUAUUGUUAUCCCGCGACCUCACUCGACACAAAUAACGCCGGUCGCGAACCUGCUACCCGGUUGAAUCACCGCCCGCCGUGCAAGCUUUAUACACCGUCCAUAAUCCAUUUUGUUUGUGCUACGCCCGAACCGGUCACCGUUCCCGGAACGUUUUAUAGCUAUUUAUGCUUAACGAUGUUGCUUUGAUGAAAACGUAAUCGCGCGUUAAGAGAAACAAUGAAAAUUCAGGGGCGGCCUCAUGACAGACGAAUCACGAUCCUACGGCUGCGUCAGAAGAACCGGAAUAGAUUAUCGGAGAGCGAGUGUGAAAUUAAAGGAUAAACAAACGAUGUCGGGAGCGGGUGCGAUCAUAAUGGAGCAGCAGUGCGCCCCAGGAGGUGUCAAGCAGCAGACACGGGCGGCGUGACGGGGCCGCUGGAGUCGCGCGCGGCGCAUCGCGGCCGAACUGGGGCAUAUCAAUAAGCGUGCCCCAGUUACGGGGCCGCAGUACCGCGGGUGGUGCAUUCGGGCGAGCGGCGGCGGCGAGGAUGUCGGGCAAGUCGUGCGCGUCGGGCAGCGUGCGGUCGGCGGGGUCCGUGCGGCUGGGCCCGGCCGCCUCGCACGACUUCGUGCUGGACGCGCUGUACGAGCGCAAGCGCGACAACAAGAGCGUGCGCGUGCUCACCGUCAUCAUCUAUGUCUUCUGCGUGUCGCUCGCCGCGAUCAUGCUCUCGCUCUACUACGUCUUCUUCUGGGAGCCCAAGGACGCGCAGUACGCGCAGCGCAAGGUGGCUCACAAUGUAGACCAGCAAACCAGCACCACACCAAUGCCCACAUGCUUUAUGCCCCACACCGGAGGAGGCAAUACCACAGUGAACGCGACGGCGCCGCCGGCUUCGGAGCGGGUCAGCCUUCCUUCCAGCGAGCCCCCCGACCCUGACCCCACGGAUGACCCCGGAGACCCCCCCACUGACCCCCCCACCUCCACGCUGCCCGCAGACGACAACGUAACGUGGCCCAUGCUCAACGAUAGCACCACGGAUCACCGGUAGAACAUACUUAGCAACAGUAUCGUACUGAUACUGGCAGUGUAUCGUGGAGUUCACAAGAGGCCAAUUAGGACAUAAGAGCUCGAUAAUCGGAACUCAGUAGCUGAACGAGGUAUAUUCCUCGCCUAUCUUAUAAUACGCACGUAAUGCCUUAGACUCAGGAGACAAUAGGGGUAAAGUUCCAAAUGAUAAGCAGUGAUCGGUGUCUCGGGGUAUUCCACGCGAAGAGUCAAUUUCGUUCCAGGGAAGGGGGUUAUAGAGCUUAUCAUAACAAGUAUCGCUGCCGCCCGAAUUUAGAAUAAAUUACGUGAUAGUCGGCGCCAACGGCAUUGGAAGGCUGAAACUAAACACCAAAGUGUAUUUAGAGUUAAGUAGACAAAUUACUAGUGCAUGCAUCGUCUAAUUUCCUAAAUAGAUGCCUAAUUAGUUUAAGAUUAUUGACGUAGAGGUUUAUACUUAUUAGCGAUAUGUUUAUGAGUAAAAAUGGAGUUCGUUCUCCUGAUCUCAGUUAUUUACUUUGUCGUAUAGUACAUUUAAGAGUUAUUUACUGUACCCAUUCAGGAUAAAAAUUCCAAACGUAAACAUUUUGUCGACUGUAAUGGAACUACAUUGGAAAAUAUUUUUCCAUGUUUACAUUAAUUUAUCCGUGACAGCCCUGUGCGGAGAACACGUGAGUUACAUAGUGGUGUCACGGGUUCGAUCCCGGCUCGGGCUAACUAUUGAGUUCGACUUAAUGAGUUUGAAUUCAUGUUUGGAUCAUAGAUAAUUGAUUGUAUUGAAACACGUGGUUUCCAGGAUCUGUGCCCGAAUAAUGGUAAUAGACUCUAUUACAUGGGACUUACAAAUAGCUGGCAAAGAGUAGGUGUACUAUACACCUCUGCCUACCCCUUCGGGCUAAAGGCGUGAUGCUAUGACAUUAUGUGUUAUAUUACAUUAAUUUAUCCUCAUCAUCAUCGAUUUAAGAGCCACGCUCUUGUCGGUGUAGCAUUUUCCAUUCCAGUCUAUCAAAGGCCAAUUCCUUGACUUCCCUAUAAGACACGACGUUAACCUUUUCUUUAAUCUGUUCCAUGUAAGCUCUUCUUGGCCUUCCCCUUCCUCUCUUUCCUUCUAGCUUUCCUUCUAUGAUGUUUUUAAUGAAUUCGUCGUGUCUUAUUAGGUGUCCAAUCAUCUUGCCUCUUCUUCUUCUUCUUGCUUCUUCUUAAUUUAUCCUGCCACGCAUAUAUUAUGUUGAACUACUUUAAAAACGGAAAAAGGAUUUGAAAAAUUGCUUAAUUAAAUAAAAACCAUUGUGUAGUUUUGGAAUAUAAUUUCCACCCUGUUUAUUGCUAUCGAUACAAUAAUUUAUUUACAAAAUACAUUUAUUGUACACAUAUGGGUUGCCUUAAGCUGGCAUCGAAUGCAGUGUCUUCUGGCUAAUAUCCAAGGAGUGUGUUUGACACCUCAAAUAAUAUACAAGAUUUACCUGAAAAUGUACUUAUGUAAUUUUAGUUAUUUAUAUACAAGUAUGUGUAAUUUUACCGACAAUGGAUACAAUGUGAUCGUAAAGUUAUAUUAUUAAAUUUUACCUUACGUGAA